UUUGGGGUUUAAGCGAAGAAGGCUUGGAGAAGCCCAAACCCCCUGCGAGAUCGCCGGCGAUGGACGGCGCCGGCGAAGAGAAGCCCUUCGACUUCUUCGACGAUGCUCUCGGCAUCGACUCCGGUCUCUCGCAAUCUCGUCCUUCGUCUUCGCGUGGCGUCUCUCGUUUCCAGCCCAAAGUUAAGGGCAAGGUCAAGGCCGAACCCAUUGAUGCUCCCCUUCCCCCUCGGAUCCCCUUAAACAAGGAGGAAACCCAAGCUUGAAGUCCCGGCCCCCGCCCCCGCCUCCGCCCCCGUCCCUACUGGUGUUCCCGCUCCAGCCUCUAAUGGGUUCUCGGAUGAAGACCCUAUCAGCCUGAUGGAUAUCGAUGGUGGAGAAGACUGUAUAAUUAAAGAGAUUGAUGUCUUCUUGAAUCCUUCUCUCGAUGAUCAGACCAAGCUAUAUGUUAUGCAAUAUCCACUUAGACCUUCCUGGCGACCUUAUGAAGUAAAUGAAAAAAGCAAGGUUAAAAUUGAUGCUAGACAAUCCAAACUUGAGGUUGAUUUGAAUUUGGAUGUUGGGGUUAAUUAUGAUGAAGAUGCAGCAGACCCAUUGUUUGAAAAGAAAGUGACGCUAUCUUCAUCUGAGGUACCUUUCGCAACUCAGUAUGCUGUUGGCGUUUUGGUCGGAGACAAGCUGUACUUGAAUCCUCUUGAUAGAGUGGUGCAGUUUCGACCUUCAAUGGCACAUGCAAACAGUGAUGGGUUGCAGAAGAAGAAGAAAAUUGUACAGGAGAAGGCAUCAUCUUCAAAUAAUUCUCUCCAAAAUGUAGAUAAUACUGAGGAUUGGGUUUACCUGGAUUACCAUGCAAAGGGAAGUCCAUUCUCAGGCGCAUACCAGCAAAGGAUGGUUGCAGAAGUGCAUGAUCCUAUGCAAUUUGUGAUGUCACCGUGUGACUAUAUCAACUCCUUGUGUCCAGUAACAUCAUCAGACUCCAAGAAUACAAAAGGUCUGUCAAGAAGGAAUUUGCUUAUGAUGCCACUGGAAGAAAGGCUCAAAAAAUGGUUUUGUGAGGGCCCUCAGAUUAACCGAUUUAAUGCACUUGUGCAUCUUGCUCCCAAUGAAUCAAUAAAUGAAGUUUUAAAGGUGAUUCAGCAGUAUGCUGAUUUGGUUCAAGGAUUGUGGAUUACAAAAAGUUCUUUGCUAUUCAAGGAGGAGCAGGCUCGUGUUAGGGACUAUUUCCUCUUUCUGCUAAGUAAGAAUCACGUAGUGCCCUCCAGUAAAAUCACUGGAACAAAAUUUGGUGAAGUUUCCUAUUUGAAAGAAAUGAUGAGUCAAUUAGCAGUUAAAGGUCCCACAAAUGAUUGGAAACUCAAAGAUGCUCCUGAUAGUUCCUUUAUUGAAAGAUUUCCAAAUAUUAUAAAGGAGCAAGAAUGUGCUUGGUCAAGUCGUGAGAUGCAUUUCUUGGAUCUUUCCGCUCCUGCUGGGAAAGACAAAGUUCUGAUGACUAAGAGUUCUCUAGAUUCUUCAGGUGGAGUAUCACGGGUUGCAAAUAGAAGUAAUGAUGUCUCAGCAAGUACUAGAACAAAUGCCCUGUCAAUUGAAACCCGGGAAUGUCUUCCUAAAGUUGUUCAACAAAUUUUACGUAGUCAGAAGGUUUCAAGCCCAAAGGCGAUAGUUCAGGGCUUAAGGGAACUUGCUAAAGUCCUACGUGCUAAGCCAAAAGACGAUCGUCGAUAUGUGGCUGUCUCUGAUGCUGCAGUUUAUGCUGCCAAGGCAUCUUUUUCUGAACUCCAAGUGGUUCUAAAUCAAGUAGCAAUUAACAUUCAUGGGGUAUAUGUUGCAAAGUCUAUGGGUAAUUCUUCAAUUGAUCCAUUAAGAGAUGUUGUUAUUGAACUAUUCUGCCACAAGGAACCUCAAGCAAAGUUAAAAAAACAGGAAGUACAGCAGGCUGCUCAGAUUCGCCUCAAAAGGGAUAUCACUGAAAAUGAAUAUUUUCUGGUUAUGAAAGACCUCUGUGAUUCAAAGAAUGGCGGCGUAUGGGUCCUUAAAAAUGGUGAUCGGAGCCCAAACUAAUGCUUGUGCAUCUCAAUUGUUGUGGAUAUAUUUUUCUGCAGCCUAGGCCAAUUCGAUCUCUUGAACUUCUCUGCCUCGUCUAACAUUAGCCAUAUUUUGACAAUGCAUUGCUUAACAUCUAUCGGUUACGUUGAAAAUGAUGUAUACCCUGCUACCUGGCCCCUUCAGCAAUUUGCUCUUUGAUGUCAUUGUGCUGUAUCUUGGAAAACAAACCCAUUGUAAUAUGAUGUCAAAGUUUCAUGCUGAAAGCUGAACACAAUGAACAGGAAUUUUCAAGUUUUCGCUUGCACAUAGUCCCGGGAAAUUGCUGUAUAUGUGAAAGUAUUUCAUGAUCCUUAGAUUACCUGCUGCAGUUGCAAGUUUUCACACAUUUUUGUAUUUGACUUGGGGGAACAUCCCAUGCAAUUUUUUCAAGUAUUUAUUUGGUUUACUUGUC